AUGGCGGUGGCUGGGGCGGCGUCCCGCCAGCAGCUGGUGGGCUGGUGCACGCAGCAGUUGCGGAAAAGUUUCGGCCUGGAUGUCAGUGAGGAGAUCGUACAGUAUGUUUUGUCCAUUGAGAGUGCUGAAGAGAUACGAGAAUAUGUUACUGACCUCCUCCAGGGAAAUGAGGGCAAAAAAGGUCAAUUUAUAGAAGAGCUUGUAACCAAAUGGCAAAAGAAUGAUCAGGAGUUGACUUCUGAUGCUCCGCAGCAGUCCUUCAAGAAAGAUGGUAGGUUAAAAGGCCAGAGAUCAGGAGACCAGCUGAAGAGGAGUAGGCGGAAAGGGAGAAACAAACAGGAAGCUCCUGCAUUUACUGAGCCUGAUGCAACCACAGAGGUCAAAACACCUUUUGAUUUGGCCAAGGCACAAGACAACAGCAGCUCCUUGAAGAAGAAGACGAAGUUUGUCAGUUUAUAUACAAAAGAGGGACAGGACAAGCUUGCAGUCCUGAUUCCAGGUCGCCACCCUUGUGAUUGCCUGGGCCAGAAGCACAAACUGAUCAACAACUGUCUGAUCUGUGGGCGGAUUGUCUGUGAACAAGAGGGUUCUGGCCCCUGCUUAUUUUGUGGUUCUCUGGUAUGUACUCAUGAAGAACGAGAUAUUUUACAGCGUGACUCAAACAAGAGCCAGAAACUACUAAAGAAGCUCAUGUCAGGGACAGAGAAUUCUGGGAAAGUGGACAUCUCUACCAAGGACCUUCUUCCUCAUCAAGAAUUGCGAUUUAAAUCUGGUCUGGAGAAGGCUAUCAAGCAUAAAGACAAGCUGUUAGAGUUUGACAGAACUAGCAUUCGAAGGACCCAAGUCAUUGAUGAUGAGUCAGAUUACUUUGCUAGUGAUUCUAACCAGUGGUUGUCCAAAAUUGAGCGGGAGGCCAUACAGAAGCGAGACGAGGAGCUGAGAGAAUUUCGACAUGCCUCUCGGCUCUCUAAGAAGAUCACCAUUGAUUUUGCAGGCAGGAAAAUUGUGGAAGAUGAAGAUCCUCUAGCUGAGUAUCACAGCAAACUAGAUGAGGCAAUACAUGCCAUUGCCAAUGGAACCUUGAACCAACCACUGACCAAGUUGGAUAGAUCUUCUGAAGAGCCUUUGGGACUUCUAGUGAAUCCCAACCUGUACCAGCCCCCUCCCGAGUGGAUAGACCAGACAGGUGCAGCCUCACAGAAGAAGGCUUUGCAUCCAGCAGGAUCAGGACUAGAGUUCAGCUCAUGUCGGCAUCAGUUUCGAAUCCAGGACCAAGAAUUUCAGGAAGGCUUUGAUGGCGGCUGGUGCCUCUCUAUGCAUCAGCCUUGGGCUUCUCUGCUUGUCCGAGGGAUUAAAAGGGUGGAGGGCAGAAGUUGGUACACCCCUCACAGAGGAAGACUUUGGAUAGCAGCCACAGCAAAAAGACCCUCUCCACAAGAAGUCUCAGAACUCCAGACUACUUAUCUCUUCCUCCGUGGGAAAGAUGUGGAAUUUCCCAAUGACUAUCCCUCAGGCUGUCUUCUGGGCUGUGUGGACCUAAUUGACUGCUUGUCCCAGAAGCAGUUUAAGGAUCAGUAUCCAGACAUGAGUCAAGAAGAAUCUGAUUCUCCAUUUGUUUUCAUCUGCACAAAUCCCCAGGAAAUGAUUGUGAAGUUUCCUAUUAAAGGAAAUCCAAAAAUCUGGAAACUGGAUUCCAAAAUCCAUCAAGGAGCAAAGAAAGGGUUAAUGAAGCAGAAUAAAGCUGGCUGA